AUGACCCAAGAUAGGAAGAAUACUGUACUAAUUCAUCGAUUUCUAAUCAGCCUUUCGUCCUCAACCUUUCUGCUGACCUUAUCAGAUCCCCAGCCGCCCCUCACCCCCUCCCCUGAAUCGAUAUUGGGAUAUUUAGUGGGCCGCGAGAGAUUCCAGCAGAGGACAUCCGAAAGGAGACUUCCAGAAUGGAUAACAAGCCCUCGAAGCUCUCCUCCAGAUUUAUGUUGCUCACAUCGGGACAAUAUUAAUAGGACUCCAGCGAGGAGGACUCGGGUCAAAGGGCGCCUUUCCGCUCUCGGGCAGCGGGUUCCAGGUCAAGGAGUUGGUUGCGAGAUCGGACUAUGGUACGAUGCCAAGGAAGAAUAA